GAUGAGUAAUUCUUUUUUAAGAUUUGUUUUCGAAAUGUAAUAUUCAACAAUAUGGGUAAAGAAAACAAAGUAGGAGAUGGACAGUAAAAUUUUCCUCAGAUUUGAAAAAGUUUUUGCAGAACUUUAAAAAGUUGAAGAAUUCAAACAAUUUUUUUCAUGCUACAAUCUUUCGUUGUUUCUUUCGUCACUAUGCUAACUUAAUCUGAUACCUCUUUGGCUUAUCCUUCUGGGGUUUCUAAUGAAUGGCUUAUUAGAACGGAAGUGUUUCUGCACUUUUUUUAUGAAAUUUUUUUCUUGAGAUAAACACAAAACAAUGUUACAGUUUUCGCUAUUUCCGUUAUUUAAAUUUGAUACUUUCUCGAACCACAAAAAAGAAUGAAAAUUUUGAAUCAGAAGAGUAGGAAAAUACCCUUUAGUUCAAUAAAUUUCAAUUGAAUCGUUGACGAAUCGAAUAGUCUCUAUAGAUAAAGGAUCGAGACUGAUUAUAGAAAAAAAAUUGCUUUGAAUAAAACUUUCAUUUAUUGAAAUGUACCACUUGUUGUCAUUUAACUAGAAGGAAGCUAGCCAACAAUAAAAUAGAAAUGAAAUUGAAAGUUGAUUUAAUAUCUUUGUGAUUAAAAAUACAUAAAUAGUUUUUCUAGAGAAAUAAAAGAAGAAUCUUUUGAAAAAACAACACAAAUGCAAGAGAUGAACAGAUUAAUAAUAGUCCGUUAUUUUUGUUUUUACUUUUUGCAAUAAACUUCUUAUUGAAGAAUCAGUGGGGAACUAAAAUAAUAAGUACACACGAAAACAAUAAAGGUAAGGACCACAAAACACAACAUUUUUCUGUUGGUAGAAAAUAAAAAAACACAUACCCAAUAAGUUUGGUUUUUUUUUCGUCUUCCUUUGAAUUUCUAAUAAAAUCAAAAGGACCUAUUAGCUCAUUCUUCGUUUGAGUGUCAAUGGCAGACGUGUUGCUAUACAUGCGAUGCAACAAUUUAUUAAUAUAGUUCAUAAUCACGAAAAUGAAUUUGAACUAUUAAAAUUCUGCUAUUGGGUCUUGGUGUCUGUUUAGAGAAAAAUACAACUCACACUUUCAUCAUUCACCAAUCCAUAUCAAUGAAUAGAAAAAUUAAUACUUUUUCUUCCAUCUUGCUUAUAUUCAUUGGAAACUUUUUAUUCUUGAAUAACAUUAACUUUGUAUAUUAAUAUAGAUGUGGAAUUAUUGGUCGAAGUUUAGAUAAAAAUAUUGUUCCUUAUUUAAAUGAUUUCAAAAAACCAAUAUUAACAUUGAACAAUGAUAAUCAAAUAGAAGAAAAUACUUGUCCAUGUGCAUUUCAAAUACGUUAUCAAGGUUAUAAAGGUGUAUUAAUGAUAAAUAAUGAUAAUCAAGAUGAUAAUAUUCAAGUUCGUUCAUCAAUGAAAAAAUUUACAAGUACAAUAAAUGGUGUAUUAAAAUCUGGUGAAGUUUGUUUUCAUCUAACAUUUAAUGGAAGACAAUUUAUGAUUGAUUCAAAAAUUUGUUUUGUAGAAAAAUCUCCAAGUUAUCAUUUAGGUGAUAUUCGACUUUUAAAGUUAACAUCAUAUCAACAGUUAGAACAUUUAUAUGAUGUUAUUGUUUUUCCAACGAAAGGUCAACGUCCACAUCCAAAUGAAAUUGUAUUCAAAUGA